CACAUUUAAAAUACUUUUUGUCCCAUAUAGACGUUGUAGCUUUCCCUUUACAAAUUAGAAUGAAAGUUAAGUCAGUAAAAACUCUUUUUUUAAUUAUAUUCAAAUUAGACUAACAAUGUGUUCCUCUUUAACACAACCACAACAAGACGUAAAGUUGACAUACAAGACUUUCAGCUAAUGGAGGGUGGGACUAAAGGCAACUCUCGCUCUCAUUGGUCAAAAAAUGCUACUAGAUGUAAACUCUCCGCUCUCAUUGGUUGGAGCGCUGUCAUGUUUCCAUACAGGAAACGGCUUGAAAACAGAGGAGUAUGAUUUACUAAACACCUUUUUUACAUGUUUAGAAAGAAAAUCGCAGCAACAAUAGAUGGUUUCUGCAAAUACUGGACAGAUCUCACUCUGGAUCCAGACACAGCCCACCCUGAGCUCGGCCUCUCUGAAGACUGCACUGAAGCCACAUACCUCGAGCAUCCUCCGCCGGUGCCCGACCACUCUGACAGGUUUGACUACUGGGAGGAGCUGCUGUGCCAACAGCCCCUGGAGGGCCGUUGCUACUGGGAUCUGGAGUGGAGAGGGGAGCAGGUUUGCAUUGGACUAUCGUACAAAGGUAUAGCCAGGAAAGGUGACAGCAACGAAACUCGGUUUGGAAUGAACCAGCUCUCCUGGUGUUUGGACUGCUCUGUGUUUGGUUUCUCUUUCUGGCACAAUGCUGAGCGUACUGGCAUUAAAGCAGCUCCGUCUUCGAGGAUAGGAUUAUUACUGGAUCACGAAGCAGGGACUCUUUCCUUUUACACCAUCUCUGAGUCGGUAGAUCUCAUCCUCAGAGUUCAGACCACAUUCACAGAACCUCUCUAUGCAGGAUUUGAGUUCUCUAACUAUGGAGACCAAGUUAAACUUUUUCAUCUGAAAAAUCUGGGAUGACUAAUGGCACCAGUACAUGUUUCACAGACAGAAUUUGAAGUUUUAUGAUUAGUUUGUAAAGGUCCUUGGGAACCUUUGCUGUGCAUGUUGCAUGAGAGGGGAACAUCACUGCAAGUAGAUAUAAAGAUUCAAACACAUACUGCUUUAGGCCAGAAGGUGGCAGCAGCUGCAGCGUAUUUGAUAAAGCAUGCAUUGGCUGCCUUAGGAGGUUACAAGUCAAACAUGAUGUUGUGUACAGGUUUGUAGUUCUGCCUGCAGGCGACUUCAGGUGUUUUAUUAUUUCACUGACAUUUAGGGUUAGGGUUGAAAUACAAACCUGUCAAAACCUGUUCAGGUAGGGACAGAGCAGGUUGCAACAGGUUCCCAAAGACUUUCUACCAGUCUAAUAUGGCCAGUGUACAGUGUGGUGUGCUGGUGGGGUGGCAUCAAGACUGGUGAGAUCAGCAGGCUAAACGUGCUGGUGAGGAGGGCUCACUCCGUGGGUUGGACUAGAACUGGACAGUCUUUAGAGGGCGGCUAAGAGGAGGAUGAAGGACAAAAUCAAAGCCAUCUCAGAUAACCCCUCUCAGCCUCUCCACGACGAGCUGUGGCAGAUGGGCAGCACAUUCAUCACAUGCCAUCAUCCCACCAGGUGCAAAAUUGAAGACUUCAGACGCUUCUCUGAUCAGACUCUUCAGCAGCAGUGGAGUCCAUCAUCCCACUGAUCCCCGAUUAAAGCUGGGAACUGCAUGAAGCUGCUGGAAAAACAAUAUUUGGUGUCCGUUUGUGUGUAAUUAAGGUCAAGAAAACAUUGCAGCAUAGAACAAAUGUGCACUUCAGCUCAACAAGUUAGCCUCAAAGCUAAGCCUCUGAAGUUAAAGGGCAUCAAAGUGUAAAAUAAUUCCAUCUUUAUAUGGGAAAAAGUAGGAAAUGUCUGACCUGUUCUGCCAUUUGCAUAUAAUUCCCUCUCAUGUGUCAACCAAUCAUGGUUAGUGAAUAGUUAUUAUUGCUGUAUGAAUACACUAAAUUGCUGACUAAAGAUUAUCAGGGUCAUAAUACCUGUGAGAAUAAUAACUACUUCCUCCACUUCCCCAAAUUAUUUUGGGUUGUCUUAUUUUGAAAUGUUUACAUUGCAGUAAUCAUACAUUUAAAUCGAUCGAAGAGGAAGUUUUGUAAGGUAAUUACUGUCAAGUUUCCUUUUUAAGUUCAUUAUCGAACUUCCCUCUCAUGCCAAGUUCUGCUUCCAAGAAAGAAAAAGAGCACUUUCUGUACAUUUAUACAGAAGUUGGUAUUAAAGUAAGUGUGCUUUCUUUA